UCCGGCGCGCACCUCUCCGGUGCUGCGCGGCUGGCGGGACGGGCGGCGCCAUGGCGGGAAUCAAAGCGCUGAUCAGCCUGUCCUUUGGGGGAGCGGUCGGACUGAUGUUCUUGAUGCUCGGAUGUGCCCUGCCCCAAUACAACCAAUACUGGCCACUGUUUGUUCUGGUUUUUUACAUCCUUUCUCCUAUCCCAUACUGCAUAGCAAGAAGAUUGGUAGAUGACACAGAUGCUACAAGUAAUGCCUGCAAGGAGCUGGCAAUAUUCCUUACAACAGGGAUUGUGGUCUCAGCAUUUGGGCUGCCCAUAGUGUUUGCAAGAGCAGAACUGAUUUACUGGGGUGCAUGUGCACUCGUUCUUACUGGGAAUACAGUCAUCUUUGCCACGAUCCUAGGAUUUUUCUUGGUCUUUGGCAGCAAUGACGACUUCAGCUGGCAGCAGUGGUGAAAGGAAGAUAAGACAACUAUCCACAGGCAUCUUAUCAUGCAGUGGCCAUCCAUACAAAUGAGAGAAUGGGCAAUAAAGAGAAGUAGCAUAGCAAGCCUCUUGAGUAUUCUAGAUGCUCCUUUUGACGUUGUUCGUUCUGAGUGUACUACUGUUGCUGACAGGGUUUCUGUGUUUUUAUGAAGUGGAGAGAUGAUUGAUUUCAUUUUUACUUAUGGUAUGUUUUUAGGUGCUCACUUGGUUUAAAAUUGUCAUCCUUCUGUCCAAUGUUUUAUGUGAAGCUUUAAAACCAGGAACAACAUUUAAAUAUAAUUUCAAAGAUUUAAAGUUGGGGGGUUUGGGUGUUUUGUUUUUUUGGAGUUUUUUGUGUGUUUUGGAGUUUUUUUGUAUUUUUUUUUUUUACGUUAAGCAUUAAUACUAUGCUUCAAUUUUAUUUAAUACCGGGAUUAAAUUAUAUAUAAACUGAAUGGAGGUAAGAGAUUGUCCACCACCAUUGCCAAUUACCAUUAUCAAUAGAUUGUUGCUAUAUUUUAGCAGAAGCAAGUUGGGUUGGAGAGUACCAGUUACAGAUUUUCUUCUGCCCAUACCUCAGACUGGGUGAUGAAUGCUGAUAGCUUUCAUUUCAGGAGAAUACUGGGGAGCAGGUAGAGUUAUUUGGGAGAAAACUCCUAAAUUUUAACGCCACUAGCUCUUUUACCUGCUUUGUUCCCAGUUCUGAGGAUGUGACAUUCAAAUACUCUGUAAAUGUGUUGAUGCUGACAUACAAAACUGAAGUGUAUGGUAGGGGAAGAGAAAAUUAUGUUUAAAUUCCAUUUUUUUUAGAAAAAGUAUCUUUUGAACUCUUUAUAAGUAUUGUAUGUUUUUGAACUUCUAUGUCAACUUUUUACCACAAAGAUGGUAAAAUGUUCAUUUAUGGAAUUACUGGUCUAUGUUAAUUUGAAGCAUAUAAAAAGGUAUUUUCUCCUCCUGUUUUAAAUUUAUUUUAUACAUAGCAUAUAUAUAUAAAAAUAUAUAAUAAAACAGCUUUUAAAAUGUAUAUUAAAACUUUUGUGUUAAACUUACCUGCGUUUCCUUCCCUGCUGUUUUUUUUCCUUUUUCCCCCCCCCUCAAAGCAGCUGAGGUACAGUUUUUUUGGAAGUCACUGGCUGAACUGAUUUCACUGACUGGUUUUAAGUUCUUAUGCAUUAUUGGUUAAUAAGAUAUAUUGUUAUGUCCGUAACUGUAGCUUGUGUUCUGUAAGAUUGCACGUGUAUCUUCAAGUAUUUAAGACAAGUUUUCUGCAUACCUCUCAAUUGUCCAGAUUUUUUAUUUGAAGAAAUCUGCCAUUGGACAUUCAAUCACAACACAAUUGAUGAGUACCACUUAAGCAGAUUUGCCUGUACCACGUGCAGUGAUGACCUUGACCAAACUUACUUCUAAACAUUUUUCAGUUCUUUAAAAAUAAGUCUAUGAAACUUAGCCGUGUGUAAUUGAAAGCUGACAAUUGCUUAGGUUUUGCUCAACUGUAUGAAAAGUCACAGAACUGCAGGUCUUGGCUGUAGUAUUUGUGUGUGGAUGAAAAAAAGUAUAAAGUUUGCAUAUAUAUAUAUAUACAUAUAUUUAUAUGUUUCUAAACGUAUAUGAAUAUAUACAAAGUCUGAUAGUAAUAGGGUGUGCUCAAGGAACUGCAAGUGGGAGUAGCUGGGGUGUAGGUACCUCCACUCACUGCUUUGUUAAUGACCUGUGUGUGGAACAGAGGAACAAGCAGGUGCCAAGGCUCCAGUGCAGAAGCCAAUCCAGAGCAGAUGAAUUUCAAGUAUAAGCAAGUGCUUCACCAGGCUGCCUUCGAUGGUCGUAUUUGGAGCUGUAUGAGGGCUGUAGGGUCAUGUUUCUUUCCCUUUUUUUGGCAAGAUUUCUGCCUCCAUGCCCCCAGUACAAUGGAGGCUUCAGAGAAUCUUCCAAACUAGUGGUUAAAGUUGCAGUCCUUAUGAAGGAGGAAUGCCUAUGACUUGUACAGAUAUGAGUCUGUUGCCUAUUACUUUUCCAUGGUCAGGAACUGUUUUCUCCUUCAUCCCUGAAGACAAGUGAUGCUGUGGAUCUCUGUAUCACUGGUCGUGGAGCUGACUAUAUAUGUAUUGGUGGUGCAUUUUUUGUUUGUUAAUUACAUUACAGCACUCCUUGCUUGCACACCAAGUACAAGAAGUAUUGCUCUGAUUUAUGAGCAGGACAUUUGAGAGGUAUGAUCCUUCCAUAUAAUAUGCACUGAGAUUGUGUUACCAUCCUUCUAGAGGGAAAAGCUUUUGAGUGAUACAAAUUUUAAAUAGCAAUCUUGAGUUCUGUAUAUUUAAUCAAAAAUACUCUAAUAAAAAGAGUAUUUUGUUUAAAGUA